CAUGUUUGAGAAAGAAGUUUGUCAAGCCUCGACAAACUUUACACGCCACUCAGUUUGCAUCCGCCUGGCGGUCUCGUAUGAGCCGCACCGAGGGAGGGACGAGGGGUCGGUGGCUCCGCCAGCAGACCGGGGCUUCAGGAUGAAGAUGCCCAGAGGAGGACGCCUGUUCCUGGCGACGUGCCUCGGCUCGCUCUUCGUCCUCGUGCUUUACUUCCAGAGCAUCACCAAGACAGCUGUGGAGGCUGGGGUGAAGAGAGGCAGCCGACCAGGGAAGAGUCGGAGAAGUCCACUGCAGGCCCUGUACAAUGGAGACCAGCAGUUGGAGCUGUUGCCAGCGCAGAGGUCUCUCCAGGACCGUAGGGAGCUUUUGGAGCAGACGUGUCUUAGCCACACCAGGAAGCGUAGGGUGCUUUCCAACGAGGAUCUCAAACACCUUAUUGUGGACGAUAAACACAGCCUUAUCUACUGCUACGUCCCUAAGGUGGCUUGCACCAACUGGAAACGUAUCUUGAUGGUGCUAACUAGCGAUGGCCGCUACACCGAUCCCCUUGCCAUCCCUGCCAAUGAGGCCCACGUGCCAGGUAACCUCCGCACGCUCUCCGAGUUCUCCGUCUCCGAGAUCAACCAGCGCCUCCGCAGCUACCUCAAAUUCAUCUUCGUGCGGGAGCCCUUCGAGCGCCUUGUGUCUGCGUACCGGAACAAGUUCACACGGAGCUACAACACCGCUUUCCACAAGCGCUACGGGACCAAGAUCAUCCGCCGACACCGGCUCAACCCGAGCCCUGAGGCGCUGGAGAAAGGCAACGAUGUUUCCUUCCAGGAGUUUGUGCAGUACCUGGUUGACCCUCGGACUCAACGAGAGGAACCUCUCAAUGAGCACUGGGAGCGGGUGCACUCCCUCUGCCACCCAUGUCUGAUCCACUACGAUGUGGUGGGGAAAUAUGAGACCCUAGAGCCAGACGCCCAGGCUGUGCUCAGAUUAGCCGGAGUGGACGGGACAGUUCAAUUUCCAACCUCGGGUAAGAGCACCCGGACCGAUGAGGACAUGGCAGCACGCUUCUUUAAGAACAUCAGUCCCUUCUACCAGAAAAAACUUUUCAACAUGUACAAGAUGGACUUCCUCUUCUUCAAUUACACCACACCACAUUACCUCAGGACUCGAUGACGGGGAAGGGAAAGGUUGACUUCCGUGCCAGGGAUGAAACUUAUUGAGGGUAUUUAAUAGCAGGCUUGAUAUCUUCUCCAUCCACAGCCCAUUUAAGUUUUUGGCUAGUGAAGUUAAUUUUGCACUUUUCUGGUCACCCUGGGCUUGUGGGCUUUUAGAGUUUCCAUCCCCACCCAGAAUGGCCUCUGCAUCAUGAGCACUGUCCUUUUGCUAUGAUUUUCCAUCGAAAACUGUGCAGUAUGACUUGGGUUACAGGAUUCAAUGCGUGGAUCUUCCUCAGUGGUGGCAUAUUGCUUCGUUGGAGGGAAAGACAGGCAGGUCAUGCUGCACUGCCUAAUAUGCAGAAGAAGGUGCAUGUGUAACUUUGUCAAAUGAAAACUGGAAUCGCUCAAAACGGCUGGAGACAAUAAUAAUAACCAUCAAUUAAUUAACCAUUAAUAACCAUCACUUAAUUGAUUUACUCUCAAUGUGAAAAGAACAAGAAAAAUCUUUGCAAUGCCCAUUUGUGAGAUCAUUUUUUUUUCAUACAUAGCAGAACAAAUGUCAUGCAUGUCUCCAGUGAUGACAGGUUGUCCUCAAAAUUUGGUUAAAGGUCAUGCAUUCACUUUGUGUGCACAAGGUGCAUUUAUGUCAGGGAUUCAAAUUCAGUAUUUAUUUUUUGGCCAAUUUGUCCAUCAUUUCUUUCCGAGCAAAUGUUAGUCAACCAGGGUAAAUUCCCUUUAAUUCUAUUCUGUUAGGCCUGUGUGUGUAUUGUGGUUGAGUUUGUGCAAUGUGCCUUGCUAGAAGUCCCUCAGUGCCUGCUACAGCAAACAUUUUGUGAUGACUUCUUCCCCCAUAAAGCCAAUGAGCCAUAAAGGAGAAGUUACACUUACAAGAAGCAGGUUCUUCUCUUGCACGAGAAUACAUGUUAAUGGGCUGACUGUGAAACUGAGCAAGCAGCAAAUGAUCUCUAGGCACCUACAAUAUCUUUGUAAGACCAUUAUUUAUGUAUGUCAAGGUUAAAGUAUUUAUUAUGA